AUGGGGAAUUCUACCUACCUAUGUGGCAAAAGGGGCAUCGUAGCAGCGCUUCAAGGGCCACUGCUGCAACAGCUUCAGCCUCUGGACAAGAGCCCGGGAGCCACAACAGGGCUGCGUUUGAGGAGAUCAACGGGGGAUUUCAUUGUGGAUUUCAUGGCAGAGGAAGGGUCGCAGCAGAUGCAGCCCUCAGAUGGAAGGCUUCGCUGCGUGCACCACGCUGCUUCGCGCAUCCAGAGGGCCUGGAGGAUCUCACGCUGGCGCAGAUGUUUUGUAGAUUUCUCCCGGCAUCAGGUUGGCUGGCUCGGCAGCUUGAGCUGGCUCAGGAGGCACCACUGCCUCUAUGGCAACGAACUGGCGGACAGCGAAGAUGUGCGCUGGUGGCUGAAACAGCGCCAGGGUGCGCCCUUGGAUCAUCAGGUUGAUCCGUGGGGCUUCCACAGAUUGCAGGAACACCUGGCUCGAACGUGGCAAAGAUCCUCAAAACCUUCCAGGUCAUCCUCAACGGCAGGCCCUAGCGUUUCGGGUCCGUCACGGUCAUUGGUUUCGAGUGCCAAGGCACCAACUAUGCCUGUCCCUGGUGCUGAGGGAAGGAGGCAUGUUUCCACCAUCUUCCCUGCGCGACCGUUGCAGGCACAUCGUGCUGAGGUGCCGCCAAGGGGCAAGAACCCCCGUCUCAAUUCCCAGUGCUCCUUUCCGGGCCAUCAGUCCUCCUUGAAUCUGCGGAGGUGCGGAUCGGUGACAAGCAAGGUCCCUGACAGGACUUUGCAAACGCUUCUUCGGUCUGGCUCCAGACCGACAAUGCACAGAUAG